GCAGAUUUUUUAAUGUAAAUAUAUUCCAAAGAAAAGGAAAAAGAUAACCGCCGUGCAUAAAAAAAAAACCCGCCGUGCAUUAAGAAAAAAAAAAAAAUAAUAACCACCACAAUCUGACGUCGAUUAAGCAAAAUGCAGGAGAGCUUACCUUCUUCCUUCAACAUUUCCCCAAAUUCUACUCUCAAUUCUGCAAAUCCUUUUCUCCAAUCGUUUCAAUGAAUUUUCCAUAAUCCGUAACAGACAAAACCAAAGCAAAGUGGAAAAAAAGUGGCGUUAUCCGCCGGCGAUUACACUACCACCAUCAAUCACUUCUUCGCGCCAUCGCCCUCACUCCCACCAACCACGCCCUUCAAUCACUCGGCACCUCUCAUCUCGUCUUGACCCAGACGUUAUUGUCGCGUACAAGAAAGGCUCGACUUCGACCCCAACAACGAAGCCCUGAAGUCCAGAUUGGCGGAUGCCGUCGCACCGCCGCUUCGUCUUCUAGAUCUAGCUCUCCUCUGCAGGGCCCUAACCUGUUCACUGAUUCGUUUUUAGGGACCGGAGAUGUGCGCCAAGCUCACCGUGGAUCCGUCCGUGAAGAUGAUGCAGAAGAUCCAUAUCACUUUUGCUGGGGAAGCUUUCUCAUUCAUUCAAGAAACCGCCUCCUUCUAAAGAAAAUUCGCUCGCUCCCAAAAUUGUCUAGAGUUAGUUAGGGUAUCGAAGAAAUCAAAUCGGGUCUGUAUGGAACCAUAAUGAAUGAAUGAAUCAGUGAUGGACUCGGAAAUGGUGGUUUAGGGAGACAAGAUAAGGUUGGUUGGCUGGGAUAGGAAUGGGAGCAGGUUUGAGUCACGCAGCAAGCGGAGUUGGAGCUUUUCUUGGCAAUCUUGUUACAGCUCCUCUCAAAUCUCUAUUUGGUGGAUCCUGCGAUGACAUCUGUGCAGGGCCGUGGGACGUGGGAUGUUUCAUCGACCACUUAUGCAUCUCCAACUUGCUCAAAUUCGUGCUCAUCUUGGCCCUCUGCUACAUAAUCCUGGUGUUCCUCUACUUGCUGUUCAAGAUCGGAAUCUGCCAGUGCGUGAUCAAGAGCCUCUGCAAGAUGUGCUGGGCCGGAUUCGCCACUUACUGCUACGCCCUCCACGACUGCACCUGCUGCUUAUGGCACAAGCUGAUGCGUGUCCGACACACGAACCGGAGGCGGAGGAAGAUGAGGAGACGGUUUCAGGACAUUGAGAGAGGUAGUGGUGGUCGUGGAUAUGAUGUUGACAGUACCUCCACGACUUCGUCGUCGUCAUUGUCAAGCUCUGCUGGCCGGGGCGGCCAUUUGGGUGGUGGUAGAAAGCGGAAGUCGGUAAGGAUGAGGGAAGAUGAGUGGAGGAGGAGUGGUGUUGCUGCUUCCAGGAGGAGGAAGAAGAGCUUGUCUUGCAGGAAUGGUCGUGGCAUUAGAGUGAGGACUGGUACUGCUGCUAAGGAUGUAUCUGCUGCUGCAUCUGCAUCUGCAUCAUUGUCGUCGAGGAGAAGGUUGAGGGGUUCCAGGCGGCGGGUUCAAUUGAUCAAAGGGAAGAAGAUGAAGAAACCAGCUGGGAAGAAGGGUGUUGGGAGUUUCAAGAGGCGGCGGCUCAAGUAGUGACGACUGACAUCGAUAUAGGUAAUAGGUAUAUAUGUAGUCUUCAUGGUUGGAAAUGGGAAGUUAGAAACAGAACCUCAUGGUUGUUGUCUUCAUGGUUGGAAAUGGGAAGUUAGAAACAGAACCUCAUGGUUGUUGUACAGAACAGGGGCAUUAGAAUGAUAACCAGUUGCUUGAUCAGUCUUUAAUUGCUUGGUCGAUUUGAUUAUUAUUUCUAUGGUCUCAUUAUUGUCCAAAUUUGAACUUUAUCCCGGUUUGUUUUUUAGUUAGUGCUCUAGUUAAUAUUCAUAUUCAAUCAGUCUGUGCAACCUAGAUUGCUCUGUGUGUUUGGAUUAUAUCGGGUUGGCCAUGUUUUCAGUGGAUUCGAGAAAUGCAUAUUGUGGCUACCAAAUAAACUACUG